UGUGCUGUCAUGGAUAUGUGUGGUCCUUGUUUAUCUACUCAACUGCGUAACUUGUAGUUUUUUUUUUUCUCCCAUGCUAUUUAGGAGUGCUUCUUUUAAGGUCUCCCAACAUAUUAUAUAUUCUUUCAUCAUUUACCUUAUCCGGUGUGGCGGAUUCUCUAUUUGGAAGCAAGAGCGAUCCACCAUACGUUUUUAAUUGAAACAUAAUUUUGCCCCAUACUACCCUAGCAAAGUUACUUUUCAUCACCCCCCCUCCCCUCAUCCCAUAACUAGAACCAGUUGUCAAAGCAACCGCGCCAUUUCAAAACAUGUACCUCAAUGAAUUUCCUCAAUGGCGCUCUUUGAUGUAGCUCCAGUGUUGGAAGGUGUAGCAAGUCUUCAAGAAAAAGUAGAAGAUGCCAUUACAAAAUCCAAACUUCUUCUUGAAGCUGUUGAAGGUUCUCAAUCAAAGUACACUGAGUUGAGUGACGAGUAUCCUGUGCUUCGAAGUUUGAAGGGUAGACUAGCCGCGUCACAGGGGCCAAACGAAGCUUUAUCUACAGAACUCGUCAAAUUCAAAUUAGAGCUUGAAUCUUUUGUGGAAGAAGUAUUUAACGCUCACGAUCAAGUAAGGAAGGAUUUAAAACUUUGGGCUAAUGAGCUGGACAGAGAUAAUACAAAGUUACGCCGCGAAAGAGAGGAAUUGGCGAACGAACGAAGAAAGCUUGAAGUUGAUCGCAGAGACUUUGAUGCUCAGUGCCUGGCAGCAGCAAGCAAAGAACAACAAAUCACUGAAGCACGAACGGUUACCAGUACCGACGACACAGACCAGACGUUAAGUAUUGUUAUGAAUAACUACACAGAUCAUUGCGAGGAAGAUAAAAAAACUAAAUCUGCCCCAUCUCAUGUAACACGUGAUGUUGAAUGCCAGACAGAAGCUAAGGUUAAUUUAGCAGAGGAGACUGGUGAAGAAGAUAUCCAAACUGCAGAGUCCAUCCAAGUGAAAGAUGAAGAAGAUAGACUGGAAAUGGAAAAUUAUGCGUCAUUGCGCUGUAGGUCUCAAUUACAGACAGCAACCAUCGGUAGGAAUCAGCGCAUUCUUACUGCUCCAGUGUCCAGGGCAAAAGCUUUGCUUUUUAAAAAACAGGAUCAUGCACUAAGGAUACACCAGAUGCUACUUGAUGAUAUCACUAAGGUGAAAGAAGAGAAACAACUUCUCAAGACUGAAAACUCUUUACUGUCAAAGAGAGCAAAUGAAGCCACCGCUGACUUAUUUCACUUGAAGAACAAAAUGACAAUAAAUAUGUCUGACAGAGAUGAGCUGUACAAGAAAUUACUGAAAUCAAAAGAGCAGAUCCUGAAACUUGAACAAACAUUGAGAAGACAAGCUCUUGGUUUGGUGUCAAAUAUAAAGGAACAACGACAACUACAAGAGGAAAUAAGGUGGAGCCAGAUCUUUGCUCUUCCUCUUAACCAACAUUCUAGUCAAACGAAAAGGAUUCCACGAGUAAGACCUUCUACUAGGGGGCGCUAAUUGUUAUGUCAGACCAUAUGACUAUUAUGUAAAACUGGGAAAUUUUUUUUAAGCAUUGCUAGCUUUUUCUCAGUUGUUUGAUUGAGAAAUUCUUCCAGCACUUGACAAGUAGACAGAAAGUGAACUGUCAGCAAGAAAGCACAUAAUUUGCUACUAGUUUGAAACUCAUUCUCUGUUCAAUACGUCUUAAAAAUGAAUUUGAAUAUAUGAAAAUGAUAUAUGUGUACUGUGGUCUUGAGAAAUGUAUGAAAGCAAUCCUUGCAGUAAUGAACACUACUUAAUAUGUAGUAGUAAAAUUAAGGCCUGAAACAAAUUCAGGCCAAUAUGGAAUUUGAAUCCAUGACCUCUGCAAUACCAGUGCAGUGCUUAACCAACUGAGCUAACAAGCCAACUGGGAGCUGGCCAUUGUGAUGGUUUGCCUUAAACUUGUGAUGUGAUGUAACAUUGAAUUUGAAUUUAUGAAAAUCAUAUAUCCGUCAUGUGUACUGGAGUUUUAAGAAAUAUAUGAAAGCCAUCCUCACUAUAAUGAAAACUACUUAUGUAGAAGUGAAAAUACGACAUGAAAAAAAUUCAGGCCUGUAUGGGAUUUGGACCCAUGAUCUCUGUGAUACUAAUGCAGUGCUCUACCAACUGAGCUAAUAAGCCAUUAUGUUGGUUCACAUUCUUAAGUAGUGUUCAUUAAUGCAAGGAUUGCUUUUCAUACACUUCUUAAACACGAAGGCAUGCUAUAAAAGGAGCCUAAGGUCCCACUGGACCAUUUGUCAAUCAACUGUCGUGUG